AAAUGUUAGCGGCGGUAAUCUGAAAUUUGAGAGUUAGUGUUACAAGCCGACAUUCUUCUUACAUGAGUACCCAGCCGUGUUCUGCGGUGCCGGGCAACUCAUUUGCGGCCGUAUCCAUCAGCAAAGGAGUAAAUCAAACCGCUUUCUUUCUGAAGAGAAAGCUUAACACAGCAGCUCUGUUUAUUGCGUUACCAAUGGUGAGAUAGGCACUGCAGGCUGCUCGGAUUUUUUUUCCUGCUGAAAAUGUCAGCUGCAGAAACAAGACGUUGGAAAGAUCCAUGUCUUAAUGAGCAUAUAUAUAUUAUAGUUCUCUCUGUCUCUUCGGGUCAAGCCCCAAUUUAUGUCUGUGGCUGCUUUAAUUAUUUUCCAAAUUGUAGCCUUGUAGCAUUAUGAUCAUCAAGUUCUUUUUAUUAUUGCUAUUAUUUUUUAAUAGAAAGCUCUUUUCUUUGCCUGUGUGUGUACAGUUCUGUCCUGUUAAACUUUUCUCUAAUUUUCUCCUUCAAUUCAUUCUUAAAAAAAAAAAAUAUCUCUUUUUUCAUGUAUUUAUCUUAACUUUCUUUUUCUUUUCUCCUAGUUCUCCUUGGAAUUUUCUACCAUCUGUAACAAUAUGAUCAUAGUGAUUCAUCUUUAGAGAAUAGGAAUGGCAGCAGCUAUAGGUUAUCGUCCUAUUCCAGCAGACGCUUACCUGGGAGGAAACUCACCUUUGCCACCCCCUGUAAGUGACAGGAUGAGAAAGAGACGGGCUUUUGCUGAUAAAGAGUUGGAGAACAUUAUGCUAGAAAGAGAGUACAAAGAAAGAGAGAUGAUGGAAGCUACACAAGCAGCUGCCCUCUUCCUCCCGAACCGCAUGGUGCACGGAGCUGAAUACAAUGCAUACAAAACCGCCUUCAGCCCUGCUCAGGUUGAUGCUCCCGGCAAGGAGUUCUGCAAUUUCUUACCAACGUGCCUUGAUCUAACCAUGCAGUACUCGGGAUCUGGCAACAUGGAACUUAUUUCUUCCAAUGUCAGUGUAGCUACUACCUACAGGCAGUAUCCCCUGCCUUCCAGGUUCUUAGUGUGGCCGAAGUGUGGCCCCAUUAGCGAUGCUCUCCUCUACCAGCAGUGCCUGCUGAACGCUACCACUGUCCAAGCUCUCAAACCGGGGACAGGCUGGAAUGCCAAGGUGGCACAAAGCCCGGAGUGCCCGAACACUGAGCAGGACAUCAUGUCUCCGAAACUGGAGAAUCCACUCCUCCUGACCCACACGCCUGACAUCCAGCACGCAUGCAGUGAGGUGCCGUGCCUUCCCCAGGACGCUCGGGAGAGGUCAGCCUUCUCUCCUCCAAAAAGGACUUUCUCUCAGAUUUCCGAUAAGGAUUCUCUGGCUCCUCAAGAACAGGCACUGAGCAAGGUCAGCAAAGACACGGCCAAGCCCGCUCCACCUAUCAAAUACAGUCCAUUUCAGUCACUGUUCCCGCAGACAUUUCCAGACAAAUCGGGAGCAGAGCUGAGAGCAUCGUUUAUGAAAGAGACUUUUGAAGAAGCAUCUAAGAAAUAUAGGGAGUUCAGCAUUAAAGAGAACCAGAAAUACAAGUUUACUGUAGAUAAAUGUACUAAAGACUUCUUUGGACCCAAACAGGCCACAACAAAACUAUCAGCAGCUGAGCCACUGUCGUUUUCAGUUGAAUCCAUCCUUAAAUGACCUUGUGCAGAGGCUAAUGUCACCCAGUGAAUAAACUGCAACAUCAGUGUAGAGAGCUUGUGUGCUUCGCCUUCUGCAGAAUUACUACUGCCCACCUUUUCUCUUAAAAGAUUUGUAAAGAGGAGUUUCUGCUGUAAAUGGUAAUUCUUUCUUUUUUUCUCAAAAUGGCAUACAUAAAUGUUGUUCAUACAAACAUGCAUGUUUUUAGAAGAAAAGUGAAUUUAUUUUUAAAAAUUGAAAUGGCACAUACAGAAGACUGUAGUGUUCUUUUAAGCAGAACUCCAGACCACUUAAUAAAAUGAGUUUACCUGCAAAAACAGAUCUUCUUUGCCCUGCCAGUAAUAUCCCCUGAUCUUAGUUGUGUCUCUAGUCUCUUGCAAUCAAGUGUGCUCUGCUGUCAGAACACAACUAUUCCUUUGUGGGCUGGUACCGAUGUACUGAGUUAUCUUGGUGGGUUAUGUGGUCACCCUGCUUUCACCUUCCAGUACCUAAGGGAAGAGAUGCAUGUAGACUAGUAUGAAUUGGAAGGCUUCUGUUAUUAACUGAAAUUUGCUGUUCUUAAUUUGAAGGUGAAGUGCUUGCUAGCAUAGAGACUGACUUAGCCCAUACCUCUCUACAAAACUUCUGUUCCUAAAGCAAAGACUUAUUGGGUAGACUGUGUUUGGGGAUAAUGAGCUUUUUGGUUUUUUUGAGUCUUUUGGGGAUAAUGAGUU